GCCGUCCGGUCUUCUCUAUCUGCCACAUUCCCUAUCCUCCCUUCUCACCGGAAUUUGGCCUUCCACGCAACUCCAAUGGCGGCCACCGCCGUCGCCGCCCGAUCUAGGGCCUUGGCCCGCGCUGUCUCCUCCUCCCUCCUCCGCCGCAGCUGCCUCCCCGUUUCCCACCGCGCCUCCAGCAUCACCAGGUUGCCUCUGGUGUCCAGUGGGUUGCUCUCCGCGCUGCCGCUCCACAGCGCCGUCGCGUUGGCGCGGCUGCUGUCAGCCAUCGCGUCUGAGUCGCGGAGCUGGUGUCUCGUACCCCAAGGGAACUCCUUGCCUUUGUGACAGCACUGCCUCCCUUUUUGUAAUGUAUGGUCCAAAGUUUGUUCUUACAAUUUAAGCUGAGUGAAAAAUAUGAAGUGUCUUCCAGUGAUAAGAACAGUUAAAUGGACAAAAUCAAUUGAUUCCUUUCAUGUUGUAUCCAGCUAUUUAAUGUCAUUCUCAUGCGACAUGAGUAUAGUUGGCAGUGCGCAUAUUGCUUGGUACACAUUUAUUUUCAAAGUACCCGGUUAAUUAUCAGUUGCUUCAGCUCCA